AUGUGGCUGGAGUCGCAGGUGGCCCUGAAGGAGCUGCUGGCCCAGGAGCUGCCAGCCACACCGCCGCGGCCCGAGCGAGACCGGGCCGCGUUCUCCCAGGGGCUGGCCACCCUGUUCCUGCGCUACGUGCAGGUCGUGCGGCGCCUGGAGACCUGCCACGACCAGAUGCUGCAGCCGCAGAAGCGCCGCAUGCUGCGCCGUGUGCUGGACGGGGCCCUGGGCCGCGUGCUGGAGCUGAAGGAGGCGCUGGUGCAGCUGGACCGCUCCGAGUACCACUUCAUGGACCACGUGCUGCAGGACCUCAAGCUCACCCCGGGCCGGCUGCGGGCCCGGUUCAUGGGGGACAUCCGGCGGGACGAGGAGCGCGAGCGGUUGGCGCGGGAGAGCGGCGCCAAGGAGCUGGACCGCGAGCAGGCUGCCAUCCGCAUCCAGAAGGUGGGGGCUGCCCCCUGCCCCGGGGACCUGACCGGGCGCUUCCCAGAGUACCCCGACGAGGACGUGGGGGGCUCCAGCAUCCUAUUUGCAGAGAAGACCCCUGAGCAGCGUGGGGUGGGGAGGGGUGCCCAUGGGGUCAGGGCAGGGGGCCAGGCUGGCGGACCGCACGGGGGGCUAUGGCCCCCAUCUCUGCCAGCCCUCUGGGAGCUGGGGUCCUGCCGUGGCCUGGGAACCCCGGUCCAGCAGGGUCAUGCUGGGGGCCCGCAGGUGAGAGAAGAGCUGGAGCAGCUGGAGAGAGAAGAGGGGGACAAGAAGAAGAAGAAAAAGAAGAAGAAAGAGGAGAAAGAGAAGGCAAAAAAAGGCAAGAAGAAGGACAAGAAACCGGAGGAAGCUGAAAGUCUAAUGCUGCCUCCCUCCAAAUUCCUGCCCAUCAUCAGCACGGGCUUCACGCAGUACCAGGCCACCUGGGGAGAGCGGGACGUGGGCAAGCCGGUGCAGCAGGGCUGCAACCUGGAGCUGAUCAAGGCCCAGAUGCGGAAGGAGGUGGAAAAGGAGGUUCGGCUGCAGGUGGACGAGAUGAUGCGCCAGGAGCUGCAGCGGCUGAGGCUGGCCGUGGACCGCGAGGAGCCCAGGCCUCUCAAGGCCAAGAAGAGCAGCAAGAAGUUGGGGAAGAAAAGUGGGAAAAAGGAGAAGGACCUGACCCAGGACAGGACCCUGGACUCGCUGUACGAGGAGCUGGUGCUGCAGGGCAUCCUCAAAAAGCCCCAGGCCGUGCCGCUGGCUGACUACACCGGUGACUUCAGCUACCUGGGGAGCACGCUGCGCGCGGCGGGGGCCGAGCCUGCGCCCUCGGUGCUGGACGUCCGGCAGAACGUCGUGCUGUACGCCAUCCUGCGCCUGGGGUCACCCACAGUGCACGAGCUGGCACCACAGGUGAGGUCCCUCCUGCUGGCUGGCCCUGCGGGCACUGGGGAGCAGAUGCUGGUGCACGCCGUGUGCACCGAGACGGGCGCCAACCUCUUCGACCUCUCCCCCGAGAACCUGGUGGACAAGUACCCGGGGAAGGCCGGCCUCAGCCUGCUCAUGCACAUGGUCUUCAAGGUGGCGAGGCUCCUGCAGCCGUCGGUGAUCUGGGUCGGCAACGCGGAGAAGACGUUUUACAAGAAGGUCCCGAAAGAGGAGAAGGAGGCCGAGCCGAAGCGCCUGAGGAAGGAGCUGCCCAAGGCCCUGAAGAUGCUGCGGGUGGACGACCGGGUGCUGCUGCUGGGCACGUCUGACCGGCCCUACAUGGCCGAUGCCAAGGCCCUGUGCAAGGCCUAUGAACGGGUCCUCCUCGUGCCCCGUCCUGACUAUGCCUCCCGCUAUGUGACCUGGCAGCGCCUGAUCCAGAAGCACGGUGGCACCGUGGGCCGUGGCCUGGACCUCAGUGCCCUGGCCACCGUCUCGGAUGGCUACAGCCAGGGGCCCAUGGCGCAGGUGGUGCGGGCGGUGCUGACUGAGCGGCGCAUCCUGCAGCUGCCCAGGAGACCGCUGCGUGCCGAGGAGUUCCUGCAGCUGCUGCCCAAGGCUGACCCCGUCUACCCCGAGGAGGAGAGGACACUCCAGGACUGGUACCUGAAGACGCCCCUGGGUAAGAGGUGGCUCAAGGCCACGGAAGAGCAGGUGGAAGGGAAGGAGAUGCAAGGGAAGAAGAAGAAGGGGAGGAAGUAG